AUGUUGAUAGUAUGAUAGAUAGUGAAAUUGACACUGGCAUAUUUACACAUUUAAAAAGCCACACGUGGGUCGCUGGGGAACCCAGGCUGUCCUAGGAAGCCGAGUGAGAGUGGCACAGAGCUGCUGGAAAUCCUGAGAACCUGAGUUUUGGCAAGCAGCCAGAAUAUUUAAAAAAUGACCACACCAAACAAGACACCUCCUGGUGCUGACCCUAAGCAGUUGGAAAGGACUGGAACAGUACGGGAAAUUGGGUCACAAGCUGUUUGGUCACUCUCAUCUUGCAAACCAGGAUUUGGAGUGGAUCAGUUACGAGAUGACAAUCUAGAAACUUAUUGGCAAUCAGAUGGCUCCCAGCCUCAUUUAGUGAACAUCCAAUUCAGAAGAAAAACAACAGUUAAGACAUUAUAUAUUUAUGCAGACUACAAAUCUGAUGAAAGCUAUACUCCAAGCAAGAUUUCAGCCAAAGUAGGAAAUAAUUUUCACAACCUUCAAGAAAUUUGGCAACUUGAAUUGGUGGAACGAAGUGGCUGGAUUCAUAUUCCCUUAACUGAUAAUCAUAGGAAGCCAACUUGCACGUUAAUGAUACAGAUUGCUGUUCUAGCCAGUCAUCAGAAUGGAAAAGACACCCAUAUGAGACAAAUUAAAAUAUACACACCGGUAGAAGAGAGCACCAUUGGUAAAUUUCCUAGAUGUACAACUGUAGAUUUCAUGAUGUAUUGUUCAAUAAGGUGACUUUAAAAUGA